GUUGACCUGUUUCGAUUAAUGAUAAUUCGAUUGUUGAAUUUGUUUUUGUUGUGAUGGUCGGGAUUUAAGUGUCGUCUGUUACGAUAUGUCGGAAAGUGUUUAGGGAGAUGUAAACUUGGAACUGUGCAUUUUACCUGAAGGACAAUGUUCACAUGCGCCAGACAUUGUCUCAAACGAACUUCUGUGUUGUCAACAUGGCCAACGCAAUUCAUCAAGCAAAAGUUUCAUUCAUCUUCUUAUAGAACUCUGAAACGUAAGGACAGUGACUCCCAAACAGCGCAUCGAGGAAGGGAACAAAAGUUGAAGUCAACUUUGUACUAUUUAACUGCUGCAGGUGUUUUGACCGUCGGAUUUAGCUACGCUGCUGUGCCAUUGUAUAGAAUGUUUUGUCAGGCAUACAGCUAUGGUGGAACUGUCAGUAAACAUGAUGAUACAGGGAAAAUUGAAAAUAUGGAGAAGAAGUCUGACAGAGUCGUUAAAGUGAAAUUCAAUGCAGACUUGGGAGCAAGCAUGAGGUGGAACUUCAAACCACAACAGAAUGAAAUAAAGGUGCCAGUGGGUGAAACUGCAUUAGCAUUUUACACAGCAAGAAACCCAACUGACACGCCUGUUAUUGGAAUUAGUACUUACAAUGUGGUACCGUAUGAAGCAGGGCAGUAUUUUAAUAAAAUUCAGUGCUUCUGUUUUGAGGAGCAGCAGCUGAAUCCACAUGAAGAGGUGGACAUGCCAGUAUUUUUCUACAUUGAUCCAGAAUUUUCUGAAGAUCCAAAAAUGGAAUUGGUUGACACAAUUGUAUUGUCCUAUACAUUUUUUGAAGCAAAAGAAGGUCUUACAUUACCAGUGCCAUCAUUUGUACGAAAGUGAUAAACUGCUCUUAUAGUGUACAGAGAAGAAAAUCGGAUAUAUCGAUAAAAGUGGAAUGAUUUGUGACAAAACAGUGUGAAUUUCCUUUGAAUUAAUUGCUGGUAUUAACAAAAAUUUGUUUGGGUAUAUAAUUGUAGGCUUCUCUGGCCAUUGUUACAGUCAGUAAAAUUUUGUUAUCCAUUGGUGCUGCAGUGAAAUACCUUGUUAAUCCCAGUUUCAAAGGAACAGCUCUGUUGGCACAACUAUUUAUAUUUUCACUGAAUACAAAAAAAAAUUUAAAUGAUAAAGUGGUACUAGUUUGUAUCUACUAUGACUUAUCAAAGGAAUCAAAUUGGAUGAAUCACAGUAUUCUACAAGAAAUUUUAAGUUUUUCUGGGAUUCAUGGAUCUGAGCAUGCCUAGUUUAAUUCCUAUUUAGCCCUUUACACCAGUGAUCACCGCGCAGCAUGGCAUCAUGUGUUAUGGAAUAUCUUCAUGAGCUUUGCUUGAGAAAGAAGUAUUGUGUAGGCAAUCACACACGACAGGAGACUGGACACAACUGUUUUAGGAAUGCUGAGUCUCGCAGUGGUAACAUUCAAUAAAAUGUUCUCGGUUUUCCAACCAUGUCAAAUGGUUGAAAUUUUAACCAUUCGAUGCGGCUGGAAAACAGAAUUUUUUAUUUACAUGUCUGUUGGUUGUUUUGUAACUAUCAGUUAUUGUGUAUUAUUAUGUUUCACAUUAAAAACAGAAUUAAUUUUAUGUAACAUAAGUGACAAAGUGUUAGUACAUCUCUGUUCUGAAAAGGAAGAAAUAAAGGAAUGAAGGAAUUGAAACUUUAA